AUGUAUGUAUUAACUCCUUUGAAUUUUAUAGAGAACCGGAAUCAAAUUCUUGGGAAAAAUGCCGUGAAAGAUGACCUGGAUCAAGAGAAAUAUCCUUGUCUGUCAUUUGCUUAUGAGGAAUAUAAAUAUGGUAAUUCACUCCCUGAUAUGAAACCAAGUGGUUAUGUUGGUGAUCAUGAUUGGGUCAUCAGAAGUGUCAGCCAAUGGUCUACUGGAACAAGCCAAACUGAAGACAGCAUUCAUAGAGCUUAUUGUUCUCUAAUUGAAGAAGCAGAGAAAUUCGUCUACAUUGAGGUCAUCAGAAGUGUCAGCCAAUGGUCUACUGGAACAAGCCAAACUGAAGACAGCAUUCAUAGAGCUUACUGUUCUCUAAUUGAAGAAGCAGAGAACUUCGUCUACAUUGAGGGGAUGUGGAUGACAGUGGUGCAGCUACGGUCAGAUCAAUCAUGCAUUGGCAAUACCGUACCAUCUGCAGAGGAGAAGGUUCGAUGGUACAAAAACUUUGCUCAGAGUUGA